AUGGUAGGAUUAUCGAUGGGCAUAAUUUUGCUAUUUCGCUUUAUAAACAAAAAGUGUGAACCGGCUAUAUUCGGCAUUUACCAGCAAAGGGACAAAACAUAUCUGUUUAAGUUUUUGUUUAUGUAUAUUUAUCUGAGGCUGAGACAGUUUAUCACCUACUUAAAGCGGCUAUUAGCUAUUGAAUUGGGGCAUAGUCCUGACGGCACAUCACACGUUCAAGAACAUGACUUCCAGUUGGAAAAAAUAUAUGACCUUGGAAGUCGUAGCAAGGCUGUAGAUGGCGUUUAUUUUAAUGGAAUGUCUAAAAAUGGAGAUGCAAUCAUAUGUGGUUUAGCACGAAGACCCGAUCGUGUCUGCGACGCUUUUCUUUAUUUGAAGAUCAACGGUGAAGAUCUUUUUCUAUCACCCUGCCUUCCAGACACAUAUCUGCAGAAGGAUGAAGAGGAUGGUGAGGGGCAUAGUGUAAAGGGCAUUUCUAUUACUAAUUUUAUACCCAUGCGUGCUUGGACUUUUCGUUACAGGGGUGAAAUGAAACCCAAAAGCAACUUAAAUAAAGUUGUUAAAGUAGAAGCUGACUUGGUGUGGGGCGCACUAUGGGCACCGUUUGAAUACGAUUCACAGAUGUCGCCCCGAAGCGUUGCAGACGAUAUGGCGAGAGAACCCUGGUCUAAGGACUAUUUCAAGUUGGUUAAAAAGUUACACCAGACGCAUUAUGAGCAAAUGGGAUUUAUUGAGGGAAAAGUUUCAAUUGACGGAAAGACGUACGAGUUAAAUAUGCCUUGCGUAAGGGAUCGCAGCUUCGGACCGUUACGCGAAUGGCGAAAUUUCCAUCGCUAUGUGUACCAUUUCAUGUUUCUGGACAACGGCGAUUGUAUGGCCGUAGGGAGCGUAUCGCAACCUUCCAUAUUAUCUCAUUUAACCAUCGGCUAUUUGUGCAGAAAGGCAGACCAAACUGUUGUACCCGUUGACUAUUCGGACUUCCGUCUAUAUCAGCACGCUGAACAUCAAAUACUUCCUAAACAUUAUGGAUUUAUAUUCGAAGCAGGAGGUCAAUCAUACGCAGUGCGAGUGAGUGUUGACGAAGAGGACAUGUUUUAUAUUGGUAAAAAUAGAGAGGCCAAGUUCUAUGAGAGAUGGUGCAGUGUAGAAAUAAAUGGCGUUAAAGGGAGAGCCUGUGUCGAGUGGCAUUAUAACAAUACGCUGAAUCAAUUGUUUAAUAAAUAA